AUGCCGCAUCUAGAAGAGUUUUUCACGCAUGGAAAUGGCGCGAUAGCUUGCAUGGGCUCCAGUGCAGCAGACAACACAUAUCAUAGCCAAGAAAAAGACGGUAGAAUUGCAGAUAAAGGAAUAUUGUAUCUACAUGGACCUCAGGAUGCGUGCCAGACGUCGUUGCUUCUGCAGUUCGGCUUUACGCAGGCCAAAGCCGGCAAGAACGUCGUGCUCAUCAUAUGCGGAUCGGCAGGAGCAUCUCAAAACCCAGUGGCAUCCGAUAUUGUACCUAUCACUGCGUGUUCGAAAUGUCAUUUGCCAGUGCAAACCGGAGAAGACAACAGCAUUUGGAGCUGCAUCCACAUCAAGUAUCUUCGUAGUAGUGUAGAGCUGCAGCAUUUUUUGUGCUCUCUUCAUGUAGUAGAUAACGACACGUCGGUCUUACUGGUUAAUGGCUUUGAGAAUUACUUCACGGAUCCGAGUCAUAUGGGCAUUGUAUACCAUACUUUGGCCUUGUUACUUGAAGCUCAAGAAUAUAUGAAGAUCGCAACUGGUCUCGGAAUUACGCUAGUUGCGGGCAAUACCGAUGCCUUUUUACUGCGCGAUCGUCCACUAUUGCGUCGGUGGUGUCGAUUUCUUGAAAUUGUACCGUGGUGUGAUGAUCCUAAUGGCUUCAUUCUGCGCGAAGAAACGGAGAAAUACACACAAUCAGGGGAUGCCGUUGCAACAAGCCAAAUACAGUUCAGAUUUCGACGCCCAGGUGAUAACACGGAUGGAUACUUUCAACUAUUGAACGUUCAGAGACGUCAAUUAUAA